AUGGCGCAGCCUCGGGAGCCCAGGGAAGGGCACCGGUCAGGUUUUCCGUGCAGAAACCCCAGCAUUCAAGACCUGUGGUCCUCAUUCUGCCUGCUCAGGUAUCUUCUGUAUGACGUCAACCCCCCGGAAGGCUUCAACCUGCGCAGGGAUGUCUAUAUCCGAAUCGCCUCUCUCCUGAAGACUCUGCUGAAGACGGAGGAGUGGGUGCUCGUCCUGCCUCCGUGGGGCCGCCUCUAUCACUGGCAGAGUCCUGACAUCCACCAGGUCCGGAUUCCCUGGUCUGAGUUUUUUGAUCUUCCGAGUCUCAAUAAAAACAUCCCCGUCAUCGAGUAUGAGCAGUUCAUCGCAGAGUCUGGUGGGCCCUUUAUUGACCAGGUUUACGUCCUACAAAGUUAUGCAGAGGGAUGGAAAGAAGGGACCUGGGAAGAGAAGGUGGAUGAGCGGCCGUGUAUCGAUCAGCUCCUGUACUCCCAGGACAAGCACGAGUACUACAGAGGAUGGUUUUGGGGUUAUGAGGAGACCAGGGGUCUGAACGUCUCCUGUCUGUCCGUCCAGGGCUCAGCCUCCAUCGUGGCGCCCCUGCUUCUGAGAAACACAUCAGCCCGGUCCGUGAUGUUAGACAGAGCCGAGAACCUACUUCAUGACCACUACGGAGGGAAAGAAUACUGGGAUACCCGUCGCAGCAUGGUGUUUGCCAGGCACCUGCGGGAGGUGGGAGACGAGUUCAGGAGCAGACACCUCAACUCCACGGACAACGCGGACAGGAUCCCCUUCCAGGAGGACUGGACGAAGAUGAAGGUCAAGCUGGGCUCGGCGCUAGGGGGCCCCUACCUGGGAGUCCAUCUGAGAAGAAAAGAUUUUAUCUGGGGUCACAGAGAGGACGUGCCCAGCCUGGAAGGGGCCGUGAGGAAGAUCCGCAGCCUCAUGAAGAUCCACCGGCUGGACAAGGUGUUUGUGGCCACAGAUGCCGUCAGAAAGGAAUAUGAAGAGCUAAAAAAGCUGUUACCCGAGAUGGUGAGGUUUGAACCCACGUGGGAGGAGCUGGAGCUCUACAAGGACGGAGGCGUUGCGAUUAUUGACCAGUGGAUCUGCUCACAUGCCAGGUUUUUUAUCGGCACCUCAGUCUCAACAUUUUCUUUUCGGAUUCAUGAGGAAAGAGAAAUUCUGGGGUUGGACCCCAAGACAACUUACAACAGGUUCUGCGGAGACCAAGAGAAGGCAUGUGAGCAGCCCACGCACUGGAAGAUCACCUACUGAGAAGGCUCCUCCGGGGCCGCUCCCAGACCCAACUGACGUGGGUGGACGCAGGCUCUGUCGCCGCGGAGUCACCGUCUGCUGCCAGCCAGGAGCUCGGUGGACAGGACUGUCCCUCGCGGGGUCCUAAGCCCAGAAGAGGCCCCACGCCGCUAGAGGUGCAGCGCGUCGAGUCGUGCUCUGUCCGUGGCGUUUCCAGCCGCCAUGGCUGACGAAGAGGCUCUGCUGCUCUCGGGGGCAGUUGUGUUUUCAGGCAGUGUCUGUGAACCCCCAGCUCGGUUGCCAGCAGGGCCCGCGUGGUGACUCAUAAGCAGGAGUGUUUGUCAGGCUCCAGCUCUGGCCUUACCAGCCACCUUUCAUGUCUUCAUAUUUUAAGCGCAUUGAGGAUAGAUGCAGGCGGGUGAGCUGCCCUCCGUCAGGUGGACACGGGCUGACAUUUCCCUGGGAGCUGGUGCAAGGAGAAGAGUCAUGUUAAAUGUCUGCAGAGUGACCGGAGCCCCAUGAAUCCCUCUGUCGCCUUCACACAGCAGGAGGCUGCCUGUUUGUCUCCUCCUGGGAUGUGCAAGGCAGACCUGGCACUGCAAAGGGAGGGCCUGAGGCCUCAGGGAGCCCCGUGGAGGGAUGACAGUUCAGGCCCUACCGUCAGCACAUCAGAGUGCUGGGAAGUUUUUCAGUGGCGUCUCUGGGACACUCGAUGGAUUGUCUGUAGGAAACUUGCAACUCUGCUCCUCACACCAGGCCCAGCUGGCUGCCCCGCCCUCGCCCUGCCUGCCCUAUCCUCACCCUGGCUGGCAGGUGCACGUGGGGCCUCCGGGUCCACCAUUCACUAUUGAGAGCUAGAAAUGAGGAAGGACAGUCACACCAACUCCAAAAGGCUGUCUAGGAUGAGCUGCUUUAUCAGGGAGCUCCUGGUACCCAUUUUACAGAAAUCAUUUUUAGGUCUUUGUGCCACCACCACGAGGGGCAUCUGCAAAGAGGGCAACGCUGGACGCAGAAUCUGUGGAAGGUGCAGCAGUGCCUCAGGGGUCCUCAAGGUCAGGGAGCCCCCCUCUCCCUCUUGGCCCGUUACCCUUUGUGACUUCCCACCAUGGUGUCGUGUGACCCUCAGGCUGGUGGGGGCUGAGUCCUCACUGAGCACCCACUUUCCACAUCUGCUAGAGGAACAGUGACACGGACACUUGUGUGACAGAGAGAGGAGGGUUAGUGAGGAGGGACAGACAGCUCUUCCCUUCGGAGCCUGGCUAGUCUAGGACAUCACCUUGCUGUGUCUUCUCCUUCUCAAGCUUUUAAAAUUGACCCUGAACAUGUGACAGGGUCCUACGGUGUUACUCAAAGCUGUGCAAGGUAAAUGGUGACAUAUUUAUUCUUUUCCCAUUUGUUCUAGAAACAGUGCCUUUUUCAUCAAUUGCAUUUUCCAGGUUGAGAGCUGUAUAAAACAUUUUGGACUGUGACCAUGUACCUUCCUUUUUAAGAAAAAUAAACUGCUUUAUGGUAGUU